UGGGGAGAGGGCGGGGUGAACGGAAGUGACGCGAGGAUGAGUGACGGAUGACCGCCAUUUUGUGAGCGGAUUUUAUUUUCACUGCGUCAUUGGAGCCGAGUGCGGUGUUCGUUCAGAAUGAGUUCUCGAGUGUUCAUCGGCCGACUGAGCCCUCAUGCUACAGAGAAAAAUGUGGAGAAGUUUUUCAAAGGAUACGGGCGAAUUAAGGAAAUCGAUUUGAAGAAUGGCUUUGGAUUCGUGGAGUUUGAAGAUUACAGAGAUGCAGAUGAUGCGGUGUAUGAGAUGGAUGGAAAAGAGUUGUGCAAUGAAAGAGUUACAGUUGAACACGCCAGAGCACGCCCUAGAGGAGGACGUGGAGGGGGACGAUUUCAAGGUCGCUUUAACCAACGUUGGUCUCGUGGUGGUGGUAGUGGAGGAGGAAGAAAUGGGCCUCCAAUCCGUACAGAAAACAGAGUGAUUGUUGAGAAUUUGUCUUCCAGAGUUAGCUGGCAGGACCUGAAAGAUUUCAUGAGACAGGCUGGAGAAGUUACCUUUGCGGAUGCGCACAGGCACAAACUCAAUGAAGGGAUUGUAGAGUUUGCCUCUUACAGUGACUUGAAGAAUGCACUCGAUAAGCUCUCAGGCACAGAGCUUAAUGGAAGAAGGAUCCGACUGAUUGAAGAACGUAAACAGUACAGGUCUCGCAGCAGAUCCCGUUCCCGCACCCGCAGUUCUUCUAGAUCUCGUAGCCGAUCACGUAGUCGAUCUCGUUCCAGAGGCCGCAAGUCCUACAGUAGAUCCAAGAGUAGGAGUCACAGUAAAUCACGUUCUCGUAGUAGAUCACCUGUUCCUGCUAAGGAGCAGAAAGGCCGCUCCCCUUCACCAUCUAAGUCGCCAGUGUCGGCGGAGCAUGCAAGAUCCCGUUCUCGGUCCCGGUCUCGUUCGCGAUCAAAAUCGCGCUCUCGGUCCAGAUCGCCUUCCGUUGAGAGCGCUGACUAAAUGUUAAUGUCAAAAGUGGACUUUUACCCCCAAGUGAGUGAAAGUUGAUGUAAAAUAUGGUAAGUAGGAAGUGGUGAAUUUCUGUCAAAGGAGUUUAGAUCUUUUGUUUACUUAAAUGCAUAAUAUGUAUAGUUAUUGGAAGUAAUUUUGACUUGAUUAUAAAUUCACAUUUUUAUUCAGAAUGAUAAUUUCUUUAUCCGCUUAAUGUGCGGUUUGUUUUUCACAUUGAUUUCAUUAAUUGAUCUUUUCUGUUAGUUUCUAUCUAUCUGUAAUAUUGAAUGCAAUUUCAUUGUUUUUCUUGUGCAUCGCUUUAAAUAAAUAUUCCACAAAAAGGUGUGCGUUUAUAAUGGGUUGCACAAACCUCAUUUCUGCAUAUCAUCUGGCAGAUGGUGAGUGUUUUCUGAUUGCUAGGUAAGUUUAAGAAAUUUUCAUAGCAAAUCUUCAAUAUGCCACUAAAUUCUUAAAUUGGGUUAAGGAGCAACGAUGUUUUGUAAUGCUGAAUGCACAUCGUUCUUUGAAUAUUCAAAAAUCCUGCCUUGUUUUGCUAAUGGUUUUUUCCUGUAACUUUAGUAUUUAGGUAACGCAUUUUCUUAUUUCUUAAUAAUUGCCAGGCUAGAGUAGUGGUGGAUUAUUUGAGUAACUUGCUGUAAUACUUAUUGGGCUAAAGGAUGAUUUUUUAUCUUCCCAGAUAGUUGUCGUGUUGAAAUGUUUACGGUAAAUUUACCAGCAUCUUCACAGUUGUACUGUUUUUCAGUAUGCCCAAGAGAUGCGUGCUGAACUAAAUGUUGUUUCCUUUCCCUAGGUAAGGUGGAUGGAGAAUAUUUAAUGUCAUGUAUAACAAAAAGGCAGCAUUUUUACCUUAUGUACUGCUUGGCAUAUCAUUGGCUUCAUUAUAAAAGAAAUCAAAUUAUUUCAAUGCUGCUCCAGAAAUUAAAAACUUGAUUUUUUAAACUACCAGUGAUCUCUGGUUCAAUCCCUUAUUUUUGCUGAGCUGGCUGAUCUUGGCUAAAUUUUCUUCUUCCCCAGGGAAAUGGUGAUUCAUGCUAUUGCUCAUUCAGAGGUGGGAUGGACAGGUGGGAAGUGGGAAGCUUGACUCCAAUGCCUCAGCUAAUGUUUGGAUAGCAAUAGGGAGCUGUUUAGGCCAAUCGUAAUGCUGAUCCUUAGGGAAGUAUUAAGGCUUCCCAUUUCACUGCGCAUGGAGUCUUUAAAAUUGAGUUGCUUCCCUCGUGCUUAUUUUUAUAAUCUAUGGUUGAUUUGUCUAUAUAGGCAAUAAUUAAAAUAUUGUGUAUUUUGCAGGUUGUCAAUUAAAAUUUAUAAUGAUUAACCUAGAAUAGUGGGAUUUUGUAAAAGUUCAUUUUCUCCCAAGUCAGCAAUGUUGCAAGUGGUUGUAAAUCUUCCCUUGUAUCCUGGGAAGCAGAUGUGUUAUAUCACUUGUAAGUAAAUUACUCUGAAACCAAUAUAAUUGCCACAAGCGAUGCUUGAACUGAGCAGGCUGCAUUUUUUAUAGCUUGUCAAUGCAGAAAGACUUGAAUGUGGCAUACAAACCAGAUUCACAACGUGUUUUAAAUCACUGUCAAGACACGUGACCUUAAGCUCAUUUUUGCCAUUAUAGCAAACAAGCUCAUAAGAGAACCUGGAGCAAGCAACAAGAGGUCUCUGAAUAGAUAUGAAGCUGAUUCUGUUUUAUGGUGCUUCAAAAGUGAGUAACAUUGGAACCACCCAAGCAGUGAAAAUAUAUAUAUAUUUUGAGUGCUAGACAGAAAGGAAUAUGCCUAUUUUAAUUGGGGGGAAACUUCCAGAAUUGCUCCACAUCCCCUUAAGGGAUUGAAUAUCUGACUACUCCCUAGAAGGCCCACACCCUCAGAACAAGUCUUCUCUCCCCCCCCGCCCCACAUUAUUACUUUCAUUGUAUUAGUUAGGUUGGGUAUGAAAGUGAGCACACAGACACAUGCCACCACCACUGCCACUUAGGGGAGGAGGUGCACUUAGGGAAAUUUUGAAGACCAGUCUAUUCUGUGGUGGUGUUAUGCCCUCAAUCACACAACUUUUUGUUUCUUAUGACUUUUCUCCAUCCUUUGCUGGGAUACAAUUCCACAGUUGCUGCUCACCCUUUGGUAUUGUGACCAAGUAUUCAUUAUUCAAGUGUAGGUAAGCCUGUGCAGCGAUUGCCAAUGUUUAGUACACCAUGGGGGCUUCCCCUUGCAUCAUAUUCAUGCGCUGGAGAUCUAGCGUGACAUGAGAGGCCUGAUCUUACUUGCUAUAUCCCCUAGAUGUGAGCACUUGUGCUGUUUUAUUUGUUCGAAUGUAGUUCUGACUAAAAGUAGCUAAGUCAGUGAAGAUGGUCUAUAUGGAUAGACUCAGCAGUGAAAACCUACUUGCUGUCAGAUUCACUCACUUUGUUGUUAAGUUCCAAAAAUGCCUUUGGCACAACAGCUGUUGAUGUCAAAUUUCCAUUGUACUUGCCACAGGGAGGUAAUGUAGCAUUGAUUCUGGGACCUUAUGUUAAACUUGGGUUAACCUAUUGAGACACAGGAAUGUGAAAAACACAAACGUUGCAAAGGUGAUUAAUGAUUGGUGACUUGCAUUUCCUACCUAAUAACUUAGUGACAGACUUCACAGAAUCACAGUGCAGAAGAGGCCCAUUGAGUCUGCACCGACACGUGAGAAACACGUUUCAGUGCAGACUUGUUGAACUGUUAUGGGUAAUAUUUCUAAAAUCUAAAUUUAAGUUGCAAGUUAAUAGAUCUGAAAGGGAGUUGUGAGAUUGUUCUUAAGCACUGAAAUGGGUUCAAGAGCUCAGGGAAUCAGUUUCCAGUGCAAAACACCAGACUGUCAUUUAUGAACUGUAAUAUCAAUAUGUAAUUGAGCCAGACAGAAGAACUUAGGCUCAUUGAGUGAUUUUUGCUUUACACUGGGGAGGGGGAAAUCAGUUUUUACUGCUGAUCUGCCAGUGAUUCCUGAAAAUGUAAGUAUGGAUAGUCCACACGCACUGAAUCUGGCAUAGUAAUUACUCUCUAUCCCAAACAAUUAUAGUCCAUCUGCGCAUUAGUGUCUGGAUUUACGAGUAAAGAAUGGCUACUUAUCUAUGAUGGUGAAGGGUGAUGUCUCCUGACCUGUUCUGUCAUAAGUCAACAGCAAAAAGUAGAGGUGAAAAGGCAAAAAUAAGUGAAAUAUGACAUCUGAGCUCAAACCUUCAUAUAAUCAUUGUCUACUUCUGUGCUGUACUAUUCAAUUUGGUCCAUUCAGUCUACUGGCUCUUUGGAUGAGUAAUCCACUUAGUUACCCUCCUCUGCCCUUUCCCCACAUUCCUGCAGGUUUUUUUCUCAAGAAUUUAUCAAAGACUAAAUCUUUAUCCACCACUCUUGAGGCAAUGCAUAGUUUAGCGGAAGCAGCAUACUUGUAUGAAGACCCUUCACACAGUACAGAAAAUUAGCAGAGAGAAAGUUGACUUAUUUGCAUUUUCAAAACACUUUCAAGGUAUAUGUGCGUGUGUAUAUGAUUGAUUUGUAAAUUACUUCUCUCAAAACCACUAGCAGCAGUGUUUGGAAACUUGCAUUUAUAAAGUACCUGGUUAUGGCUCAAGAAGUUCAUAUGAAUUGAAUUGUGCUGUACCUUCUGUGGACAUUAAUACACCCUCAGCUAUCAGUUUUGUAUAGAAGCUCACUUAAAGGAACUCAAUUGGUAGUUUAUCUUGCAAGUACCAUAUAUUAACUUCAAAAAAAAUUGUCAUUAAUUGGCAAAGAUAGGAGAAAUAUUUUUGUCUUUCAAUGAGGAUUAGAAUUGCCUUUUUAAUCUUAAUAUUUUUCACAUGCUUAUGUUGUCAAAUUGUAUUUUGCUAAAUGUAGUUUUAUCAUGUUCUAAUACCAAAAUUAAAAGUCUAUGCUGAAA